AUGCCCUCAAAAUCUGUUAACAUUGCUGUUAUUGGUACUGGCGUGGUCGGCAGUGCAUUUUUGGAUCAAUUGCUAAGAGUGAAAUCUUCAAUUGUGUAUAAUGUCAUCUAUGUUGCUAGGCAAAGAGUUGCGCUACUUUCAAAAGAUUACAAGGCUCUCGACUUUGGUUUUUCGUGGAAGAAUGCGUUAGAUGGUGCUAGAGAACCAACCUUGUCGUUAGAGUCACUCCUUGAAUAUCUUAGAAAGUCUCCAAGCCCAGUUAUUUUAGUUGACAAUACUUCGAAUCCUGAACUAGCAAAUUUUUAUCCAAAUUUUGUGAGAGCAGGUAUUUCUAUUGCUACACCUAACAAAAAGGCUUUUUCCUCUGAAUUAGAACUGUGGGAUCGUAUCUUCCCAAAAGAAGAGUGUGCUGGUUUGGUUUAUCAUGAAGCCACUGUUGGUGCAGGACUGCCAAUUAUAAGUACUUUACGUGAUAUGAUAACCACUGGUGACGAGGUUGAGAAAAUUGAAGGUAUAUUUUCUGGAACUUUGUCUUACAUCUUCAAUGAAUUUUCAAGUGUGUCUCCAAACAACAACAAAUUUUCUGAGGUUGUUAAAGCUGCCAAACAACUAGGUUAUACUGAACCGGAUCCACGAGAUGAUUUGAACGGUUUAGAUGUUGCUAGAAAAGUUACAAUCUUGGCCAGAAUUGCUGGUUUUGAGGUCAACUCUCCAACCUCUUUCCCUGUACAGUCCCUAAUUCCAACCCCCAUUGAAUCUAUUGAGUCGGCUCAAGAAUUCUUGGAAAAGUUGCCUGAAUAUGACGACGAGUUAGGCGGGUUGAAGCAGUCUGCUGUCGAUGAAAACAAGGUUUUAAGAUUUGUUGGAACGGUUGAUUUCUCGAACAAAUCUGUUAAUGUAGGCGUUGAGAAAUAUGACUAUGCCCAUCCUUUUGCAUCCUUAAAGGGGGCCGAUAAUGUCAUAUCCAUUAAAACCAAGCGGUAUCAACAGCCAAUCGUUAUUCAAGGUGCAGGUGCAGGUGCUGCUGUUACAGCAGCUGGUGUUUUAGCUGAUGUUGUCAAAAUUGCUGAAAGAAUUUAA